CAAAGCAUAGCUAGUCCUUCCCUAUCCAGACUACAAAACUUUCCUUUUGUAUACUUCUAAUGCCAUAGAUUUUUUCUUGUCUCCUUAAUAGCCGUACUACUUAUCCUUUCAACUCCAAGUAUGGCAGCAGCUCUUCUCGGUACAUAUUUAUUCAUCUUUGCUUCCAUCUCUGCAACCUUUGCUUAUGAUCCUGACACGCUUCAAGAUCUAUGCGUGGCCGAUAAAUCUUCAGGUGUUAAAGUGAAUGGGUUUCCGUGCAAGGCUGAGGCAAAUAUUUCAGAAGCUGAUUUCUUCUUUGACGGUAUAGCUAAGCCAGGUGUUGUCAACAGUUCAGUGGGAUCUCUUGUUACACUCGCCAAUGUUGAGAAAAUUCCGGGCUUGAACACUCUAGGGGUGUCGCUGGCCCGCAUUGACUAUGCUCCUGAUGGUCUGAACCCACCGCACACCCACCCACGCGCAACUGAAGUUAUCUUUGUGCUCGAAGGGGAAUUGGACGUAGGAAUCCUCACCACCGCCAACAAGCUGAUCUCGAAAACUGUAAAGAAAGGAGAAAUCUUUGUAUUCCCAAGAAGUCUGGUUCACUUCCAGAAGAACAAUGGCGACAAGGCAGCCUCAGUGAUUUCAGCAUUCAAUAGUCAAUUGCCUGGAACCCAAUCCAUUGCCAUGACAUUGUUUGCAGCAACUCCAGCAGUGCCAGACAAUGUCUUGACUAAAGCUUUCCAAGUCGGUACCAAGGAAAUUGAGAAGAUCAAAUCCAAGCUUGCCCCCAAGAAGUCCUGAUUUUGCUUCUUUAAACCAAUAAAUUUUCCCAUCCAGUAGUAUUGAAUUAAUGUAAGCCGAUGCAGGUAAUUAUCUCCUAUAUGUUUCUUUAUCAACUCAAUAAUGGAAUUGAAUGUAUACGGAUAUUAAUGUGUAA